AUGUACACCGAUUUCAUAGAACUAACCACGCCAAAGAAGUUAGAUAUCAUAUCUGACCUCAAAUUCUCCGCCACUGCACAGGACCAACUCCUAGUUUCGUCAUGGUGUAACAGAUUGCUACUUUACAAGUGCAAGUCCCUAGAAAACUACCCGCAUGAAGAACCAAGCACUUCUCCCAUCUGCAUCAUCGACACCGCCGAGACUCCACUUUGUCUACUAUACCCCGAUAUCGGUGGUCCGAUUGUUGGUUCGCUAGAUGGGUCAGUUCAAGAGCUUGAUUUUGAGAACAUGAAACUUGGCAGGGACUUUGCUCGGGGACUGCAUCAUAGUAAUAGUGGCGACGGCUACACUGGUGGAGGAGAAGAAGAAGAAGAAGAGGACAAUCAUCUAGCUGGCAUCAGUAAUUUGUGCCGCGGCAGUAAUCAUUCCAUCUUGGCUAGCACUUUUGGUCGGAAAUUACUAGUAUUGGACCAGCGGCAACAACGCCCCAUUUCAACGUUUCAGAAAACACACAAGAUUUUGACCAUGGACACAACUGACAAGUACCUCAUAUUGGGACUAAGUGGACAAUUGAUUGAGAUUUACGAUUUGCAAAACUUGAACACGCCGCUUGAAACUCGAGAUAUUGGCCUACGAUACCAAUUCAAAGACCUCAAGGCGUUUCCUAAUCAGCAAGGGUUCGCCGUGGCAACAAUCGACGCCCGAGUUUCGAUUGAAUCGCUCGAUCCGUCGCCACAGGCACAACAAGAAAAAAAGUUUACGUUUAAAAGCCAUCGUCAUUUCAACAAGACCAGUGGACUCGAUUUAGUCUAUCCCAUAAACUCGAUCUUGUUCGACAAGUCUCCUAAGCAGAUGUUGUACACCGGUGGAUCCGAUGGAUAUGUCUGUUUAUGGGACAUUGAGAAAAGGAAACGAAUCAAACAGUUUGCGAGAUUCGAAACCAGGGACCGGAUGGGGGGCAUUGAAAGUGUGGCCAAGUUGGCCAUGAGCUACAACGACGAUCUAUUGGCCGUGGCUACUAGCGAUGACAGUAUAGUGCGGCGACGCAGUCUUUCCGAAGCCAUAGACACGCGACAUCCAAGUCGAGUUUACGUGAGGCAGUUGAAAGAUACGGGUGAUAAUCAAAACGGAGAAGACGACGAUGAUGGCUUUGCAAGAGUAAGCUAG